AUGUCCCGUCAUUCUUCAUCUUCCUCGUCUUCUUCAUCACCAGCAUCAGGAAAGUUAUUCCCACAUAACCAUAUUACGAUACCACCACAAUUUCAUUCCAUGACAGCUGGGGCAGGAGCUGGAUUAGUAGCAUCAAUAACCACAUGUCCAUUAGAUGUUGUAAAAACUAGAUUACAAGCUCAGCAACAUGCGUUGGGCUCGGAAGGCUACGAGAGUGUAUCGAAAAUAAUGAAGAAUAUAUGGAGAUCUGCCGGACCGAAAGGGUUUUAUAGAGGUUUGGGUCCUACUUUAGCUGGUUAUUUACCUACUUGGGGUAUAUAUUUUACCGUAUAUGAUAUGGUAAAAGAUAAAGCGGGCGGAUGGACUUUGUCAAAUGGCCCGCUAAAAGGCAAUACAGCGGUGGUACAUAUCUUCGCAGCAAUGACAGCAGGAGCUACAGGAACGAUAAUGACAAAUCCAUUAUGGGUAGUCAAGACGAGGUUUAUGGCUCAAGCAGGUGAUUCAGAUUCACCGUCCAGAUACCGAACGACAGUGGGCGCUAUAAGAUCCAUCUACAAAACGGAAGGAUUCAGAGCUUUCUAUAAAGGCUUAUUACCUUCGUUGAUGGGAGUCAGUCAUGUUGCGGUUCAAUUUCCAUUGUACGAAAAGGCAAAAUCAUGGGCAGAUUCAGGUGACGGAGAUCAUUCAUCAUUACCUCCCACAACAAUCUUAGCCUGUUCUGCGUUCUCCAAAAUGAUAGCUUCAUUAGUCACCUACCCUCAUGAAGUCCUGCGAACAAGACUUCAGAUCCGAAAAUCAUCUUCAUCGACCCCAUCCCCAUCCCCAUCCCCAUCCCCAUCUACGUCGCUUUCUAAUACAAGUCGGUUACAUUCUCAAUCUAUACCUACUGCUCCAACAAAACCUGGACAAACACAUGUACCGUUAUAUUCACCAUUAGUAACUGGCAACCAACCUCCUCCAUCAGUGUUGGCAUCAGGACCGUCAUUAACACAUCCUUUACCUAAUCCGUUACCCAGAAUAGAAGCUACAGAACCAUCAUGGUACCGAAAAAUCAUACAUUCACCAAAAGAAGGCGGGAUAGUUGAUACUUUCAUUUCGAUAAAGAAGCAAGACGGCUGGAAAGGCUUUUAUAGAGGUUUGAGCAUAAAUUUAGUUAGAACAGUACCUAAUAGUGCUGUAACGAUGUUGACAUACGAACUCAUCAUGCGUAGAUUAUCAUUACAACAAGAGUAG